CAAACAAAGAGCCCUGUACAGGAAAUUGUGGACUCUGGGAGCGUUCAGGAAGGCAGAGAGCAGAUUUCCUGUUCAGACCCUACCUCAAAAAAAGAAAAGCCUUAAGGGAGCAGGAGAACGAGGGGACAAGAGAGGAGAGAGGGGAUGAGAGAGGGAGGGUCACUAAUGUGUUAAGCAUAGGAGAAAACACACAGGCUGUAAUUUCUCUCGCCUCCCUGAAGCAAGAAAAAAAAGGGAAAAAAGUUUGAAGCCUUGUGUCUCGACCAUGAGUCGCGGUCAAACAUGGACGAGCUGAGAGGAACGGAGAUGAGGUGAAGGAGAGAAAAGCAGAAGCUCUGGAGGUCUGGCUGAGUAGAAAGUUUGAAGAGGAAGACGAAGAGAGGAGAGAAAGACGAGGGUCAGGAGGGGCUGAGGAGUGAAAACCGCCUACAGGAAACCGACUCACUGAGUCUCUGAGUUACUUUUCUCUCAGCUUUUGUGUCUCUCGGGCUGAACAGAGGAGAAAAAAGUGUCCGAUGUGGGGAGUGACGUCAUCCUGGUGCCGCUGAGCUCCAGAAUUCCUCUCCCACUCCAAGACUCCAGACUCCCAGCCACCAUGUGAGCCCGAUGUGACUUUUUUUCCGCUCCAGAAUCAGUUUUUCUUUUUUUUUUUCUCUCUUUUUUUCCUCGACUCUGUAAUUCCUCUCGGUUCCAGCGCUCGUUCUUUCUGAUCUGGAUAAAACCUUGAGCUCCUGAUGAAGAAUAAAGCUGCCAAGCAGAAAUCCAAGAGGAAAGGAAGUGAAAAUGCGUUCGGCUGUGACCUGAGCGAACACCUCCAGAGCUCAGGACAUGAUGUUCCUCAGGUUCUAAAGACAUGUGCAGAGUUCAUCGAGAAACACGGCAUCGUUGACGGAAUCUACAGGCUUUCAGGAAUCACCUCCAACAUCCAGCGCCUGAGGCAGGAGUUCAUCUCGGAGCAGUGUCCUGACCUCACUAAGGAAGUGUAUCUACAGGACAUCCACUGCGUCGGCUCGUUGUGUAAACUGUAUUUCAGGGAGCUGCCCAACCCACUGCUCACCUACGAACUUUACCAGAAAUUCACGGACGCCGUGUCAGUGAAGGAGGAACAUGAGCGGCUCAGGAACGUUCAGCACGUUAUCAAAGAGCUUCCCAUCGGACACUUCAGAACUCUGGAGUACUUGGCCAAGCACUUGGCUCACCUGGCCACCCUCAGCCACCAGACCAACAUGCACACACGUAACCUGGCCCUGGUCUGGGCUCCUAACCUGCUCCGCUGGAAGGAGAUCGAGGUGUCCGUGUGUAACGGUGACGAGGCCUUUCUGGAGGUUCGGGUUCAGCAGUCGGUGGUAGAGUUUAUCCUGAAUCACACAGAGCAGAUCUUUAACCCCGGAGCUGAUCCUCCGAGACCCCUGAAAGAAGGUGCAGCUGUAAUGUGUGUGGAGAAGUACGCUACGCUGCCAGCAGUGAGUCAGUGUCCGCCGAUGAAGCUGAUGAGUCUGGAGGAAGCUCAGGCUCGAACACUGGCUCCUAAUCAUCCAGCCAGAACCGAACGACUCCGAGAGAACAGCCUUCCUGACACGAGCACCGCCGCCAUGUACCACACUGUCAUAGAGCUUAGUGAGAGCAAGAGGAAAUUCUCUGGAAAGUCAAAGAAGUGGAAGUCCAUCUUCAGUCUGGGGCGAUCCGUAGCUGACGGCAAGGGGAAGUUGAGUCGCAACGGGAGCGUGUUCAUGAGAGCGCAGAACGUCUCGGAAAAGACUGGGAUCCGUCCGUCCAAGAGCAUGGACUCUCUGUGCUCUCUGCCAACAGAUGAGGACGGAGCUGUGUCAGGCAGAGGGAAAAACGGAUUCUUCGCUCCCGUGGUGAAAUCACGAACCCUGGGUUCGGAUAUCAACUACGACCCGGACGAACAGGAUCCUAACUGGGAAUUCGAAUUGCGAAAAGCCAGCGGCGAAACCGGACAAAGUCCGAGCGUCAAAUCGAUCAGAGGGACUCAAAACAUCUCGUCGACAUCUCCAUCUUCUUCGUCUGCCACUUCAUCUCCGUUACAACGUGCUCUUCCUGAGCAGCUGAAGGUGUUCAAAGGGGACGAGUUGACGACGUGUCGGCCUACGUCCCCGAAAAACCGCCGGAUGUUGUAUUCCGGUUCCUCGCACAACGGUCCGUCACGGCCGUCUUUUCCGGGCAGCUUGUUCCCCUUGGAGUCGUCGCCGAGGCAUCAACGUAAGGCGCUCAACAUCUCGGAGCCGUUCGCGGUGUCUGUGCCGUUGCGCGUGUCAGCGGUCAUCAGUUCCAACAGCACCCCCUGCAGGGUGGCAGGGAUAGAGCGGGAACGCAGCAUGGGAAGCUUGGGAAGUGCUAGCUUUAGAGAGCCACACCCCAGCAACAGUGGGAGCAUUGAUUUCCGAGACAGGGAGAGACUAUUUGGGGGCAGAGAGAACCCGCUCGGCAACAGCGGCGGAUACGGUAUCUAUAGCAACAGCAGCUCCGUCCCCACAGAGGAGAGUCAAAUGAAUGAGAGGAGCACCGGGGUGGUCCCCUCCGAAACAGCAGCACAGAGCGCUGAUAUGGAGGUAAAGACUCGUGUAGAAAUGUCAGAGAACUUAAUGCCAUCUCAGGCUAAAGCAACAGAAAACCACAAAGAAAUGCCUCAAUCCUCUGGGAAAGAACUGGAUGCCUCAUCAACGCAGCUCACUGAGCCAAAAAAACUGGACCAACUGGACAUAGAAUCGAUCGAUCCGGAGCUGUGGUCUGAUCAUGAGCUCAGGAUCACUGAGCCUGAAACAAGCGUUUCGGACCGUCUGAAAACCAGUGGCUCUAUGAGUAAAAUCACUGGACAUGAUGGUGCUCUAAAUCAUACUGCUCAAGCUAAAAGAAGAAGCAGUUUACCUUCUCACCCAGUGUCUUCGAAGGAGCACUUCAAAGACACCAUAAAAGGUCUCACGUUGGACCAUUCAGGUGCUACACUUUUUAACACGACGUCAAGGCUCUCUCUGGAAACUCCUCCCAACCAUGGUUUUGACUGGAAUUACCUAGCCGCCGAAAAUAAGGAUCGUAAGAGCUUGGAUUCGUUCGAGUCACUGGAUAUUAUGGCAAACAAGCUGCAGCACUUACCCUUCCUUCAGUUGAAGGAAACCGAUAUUCUCCAAGAUGCUGAUCCCUGGCCUUCAGUUUCUUCAUCUGAAGAUCCUUCAGCCAAGAAAAGCGAUGAUGUCAUCGCUUAUGGUUCUAGUCUUGAUAUCAAACCAUGUGUUGUAAUUCCUAGUGUGUCUACAGACAAGAAUGUUGACGUACCACAGAACCAUGAUGAGAAUAAGAAGGACAUGAAGAAAACUAGCAGUAUUACUGUGAAUCUAACAAGCAAGGUAAAGGGUAACAUCGAAAGGCUUUCGAAGUGCUCGGAUGAGAGACGCCUCACUAUAGAAAUUCCAAGUCAAGACGAUGAUGAUAUUUGGGCGAGUCAUUUGGCAGGACUGGAUCAAGUGGAGCCCUGGGAAGACUUGAGCACUACCAAACAGUGGGUCACGAGCCCGCUCCACUCGACAAAACUGGAAGAUCUUUUCCCUCUAUUUAAAACACCAGCACAAGCCCCAGGAUCUGAAAUCAAAACAUCUCCUGAACUGAGCACCAAUCACUUGCAAAAAGACCAGAAGAUUGUAGAUGAACAACCUCCAGGGAAAGUACUAGAAAAUGCAGCCAUGAUCAGUGAACCUGGUCUCGAUCUCUAUUCCAAAGUCAAAACGUCAGAUGAAUUGGGUUGUGAACAUAUAACUGAGCUCUUACGUGUUGAUCACUUUGAAGAGCCUGGAGAGAAAGUGGAAACGAACCAGGAGCUUCCACAGCCUGCACAGGCCAAAACUACCGUCCACCAAGAGGAGACCGGCAGAAUCCCAAAGAGAAACAGUGGUGCUCCAAAACCAAAGACUUCUGUCUUCUCCCAAAGAUUUCACCGACAGGUCUCUCAUGAGCCCUGCAUCGCAGAGAGGAACGAGGAAAACAUUGCUCAAAAGCACAGACCAUACUCACUUAACCUGGAUUUGGGAAACCGUUGCAUUAGGGACAUAUCAAAUCAGCAAAACCUUGAUCUUGCAGAUCAUUCCUCUGUCCAGAGGGGGGCGAUAACCGCUUCUGGAACAAAGCAUGAUAGGUUGUCUGUGGAACUGGAGAUGUUCCUAAGGGACCGACAAGCACCCAUGCGACGCAACUCUGCACCAGUCAGCGUGUCUUCGGUGCGCACUGCGUUCAUGAUCAAAACGUGUCAGGCCAAAGCGGUGCCUGUUAUACCUCCAAAAGUCCAGUACAGCCACAUACCACAUCUGGUUCAUCCAGAGAAAGGCAGCCAAGAGCAAGACAAAAGGGAAUGUGGACCUGAGAAGAUCAAAGUGGAGAAAGCAGAUUCUUUUCCUCCUCCCCAGGUGGUAAAAGAUUCCAAAGAGGAACGGGAAAACUGCAAACCUGUCACAAGGGUCCAAAGACAGGCAUCCAUGGAAAAAACAGUAGAGAUGUGCAAGACAGCACCUGAGUUUCCAGUACUCAGGAGGAAGAGGUCUGCCAAUGGGGACUCCUUUAUGGACCUUCCCAGACCAGAAAGAUCUACUUUACUUCAACGGUCUUCCUUCCGGAAUCGUCCAAGACCUCAGAGCCUGAUUCUCUUCAGUCCUCCCUUUCCUAUCAUGGACUAUCAUCCUACAGGGGAUGAUGGGAAACUUGUCCUGUCACCAAUCAAGAGUCCUGCUGAAACCUCUCCUCUCCAGGUCCUUACGAAGGAGCUCGCAGAGAACCUUAAAACCCCUGAUGGGGUCACCCUGCGAAACAAGAUGACUUUGCCCAAGAGCGGACAGAGAUUAGAAACCUCUACAAGCUGCUUUUACCAGCCCCAGAGGAGGUCUAUGAUUUUUGACAACAGGAGCAGUCGGCAGAUCGAGUGAGCUGUUCGUUAGACUCGUGAACAUUCACACCGUAGCUAGAGAACAGUCGCUGAAUGUAAUACGUCUCCAUUUCUCUUCUGCACCAUGUUCUUCUUCUUGCUGAUCAAACAUUAUAACAGGUUCCAUUUCAUUCUACAGGCGAUAAAUGAAGGAUUGUUUUGUUGGUGUCGAUGUAAAACGCUGCUGCUAAGGAACUUUAUCACAUCGAGGAGCCAUCGAAGAUAAACGAAAAGCAUUUAUUCGGUAAAGGAGCAUUAAAGGUAUGUUUAGUGCUAACUGCUGUACAUUUCUGGCUCACAUGGUCUCGAAAUGGUGAAGAAGAUGAAGAUGAAGAUGAAGUUCCAGUGAAUUACAACAAAGUGUUACACAGAAGUGAUCAAAUAAUUCUGGGGAUUUUUGUUUGGGUCAGAUUUCAUACCCGUUUCAGGGAUUACGGGAUGGGAGCCAAAAUCCGAUCGGAUAACUGAUAGCUGGAAUUAAAUAGAACGAUUAAAAACAUCCUGCUUAUAGUGUUGUCAUGUCUGUGUUUUAGAGAAAUCCAGGGAGAAAAAGACAUUUUACAAGCUGAGAUUUAUUUUUUUCCUUUUUAAUAUUUUCCGUGUAGUAAACAUGGGAUGUGGCAAUUCAUCAGAUAUUCAGUGUUAUAACAAUGGUGCAAUUAAUAUGUACACGUAAGGUGUCCAUGCACAGAUUUUCACACAACCGUAAAACCCUGAAGUCUUGAUUCACGAUCAUUAUUUUGUAUUUUACUUUUUUUCAUUGUUCGUCCUUCUUCAUCUUGGAAUAUUUGAACCGUACAGUAUCGCCAUGACUGACACAAAAGGCUCGUCAUCAUGACACCGUCAAGGACAGCGUUUAAACGUUGAAUGCCCAUAUUAAAUAUUCACAAUGUGAUAAAUGCCUUUUCAUAGGAGGUUAUGUAACUAGAAGAGAACCUUGGCUGCACUGUUUUGAUGCAUAUUUUUAAAAGUCCAUGACAAAAAAAAAAAAAAUACAUAAAAUGCAAAUGCUGCCCAAAAACAAAUGCUGUCUACAUUAAUCACCUCCUUCCACACGGAGCUCUGAAGUUCCCACGCCAACGAUAUCGUGUGUGCUCAUGUUACCGUAUAUUGUGUGAUAUAAUAUAUUACUGGGACAGGACGUGUUGUCGUUUAAAACUAAAUAUCUAUAAGAAAAAUGUUAUUGAUUGUACAAAAAAAAAAUGCCUGAAAAUUCAUCAAGUGUGUAUUUAUUUAUGCGAUUCGUCUCUCAUGACGUUCACUUUGUUAGUGUUGAGAAUAUCACUGUUGUAUAAAAAUAGGAUUGUUGCUGGGAUUAGUCUUGUGUCGAAUGAGCAGGUCGGUAUCUGGAAGUAGAUGUUUAGUUUGAGAGAAACAGAAUGAAGGAAAGCUAAAGAAUGCCAAGGUUCUGAGACUGACUGAACACAUUCUCAUCUGCUUCAUGGCUUAAUGCUGCGAUCCAGCGUAGUUACCAUCUAAACGCGGUGCGGUUCUCCGGCUCGGAUAUAUCGCGGGCAGCGGGAUCGCGAUCGUGUUAGAAUGGCUGCUCUCUGAAUUCAGAUGAAGAUCAACAGGUCAACAGUCUCGUUCAUCUUUGCUCGUAUAAAUACGAACGCUUCAUAAAUCUGAUGCAAAUGAAAAUGUUUACUGUGGAAGGUGUGAGACAUAAAACUGGCAGGAAAAUGUUGGAAGAUCUGCCAGGAAAGAUAAAUACAGUAUUAAACACAGGAUGUUUCAGAGAAAGACACAAAGCACAAAUGUACAUUCUAUAUGUUCCUGUAUGGAGAGAAAGAUAUUUUAUGAUGUCAGUAACUGUAACCAAAGAACACUAACUUUUGUAAUGUAUUUUUUUUGCCUAAACUGGCUUUAUUAUAUGUAUCCACUGUAAACAACACAAUAAAUACGCUUAAUAUUUA